UUUCCUACAAAAUGCAGAGGAUUGCCGUGUUCUUAUUGCUACUUUGCGCCACUUCUCAAAUAGCCUCAUCUCUCACAGAUGGUUUAUUGCCAAAUGGAAACUUUGAGUAUGGACCAAAGCCAUCAGAAUUGAAAGGAACAAAAGUGAUGAGCCCCAAGGCCAUACCCAACUGGGAAACUUCAGGCUAUGUUGAGUACAUCAAGUCAGGUCAAAAACAAGGUGACAUGGUGCUAAUAGUACCCGAGGGCAACUAUGCAGUUAGGUUAGGCAACGAGGCCAUGAUUAAGCAGAAGAUUAAUGUGACUAAGGGCAUGCUUUACUCUCUAACCUUCAGCGUGGCUCGCACAUGUGCCCAAGAGGAAAGACUGAACGUGUCAAUUUCACCAAACUAUGAGAAAAACGACUAUGGUUUAGUUCCCAUUCAAACAAUAUAUAGCUGCAAUGGAUGGGAUUCAUAUGCAUGGGCAUUCCAGGCCGAUGAGUCUGUAGUUGAGAUUUCAAUACAUAAUCCAGUUGUGGAGGAUGAUGGAGCUUGUGGCCCUCUUAUUGAUACCGUCGCAUCGAAGACCUUGAUCCCUCCUAAACGCACCGGAGCCAAUCUACUAAAGAAUGGAAAUUUCGAAGAAGGCCCCUAUAUCUUCACAAACCCUACUUCCGAGGGAGUCAUAAUUCCACCCCACAUUGAAGAUGAUCACAGUCCUUUACCAGGCUGGAUAAUUGACUCCCUUAAAGCCGUCAAGUACAUUGACAGUGAACAUUUCUGUGUUCCAGAGGGCAAACGGGCCAUCGAACUCAUAGCUGGAAAAGAAAGUUCCCUUGCACAAAUCGUUAAGACCACAAUCGGUAGAAGCUAUGUCCUCUCAUUUGCCAUUGGUGAUGCCAACAAUAAAUGUGAAGGUCCCAUGGUGGUAGAAGCAUUUGCAGACAAAUACACAGUCAAGGCCUCGUAUGAGUCGAAGGGCGUAGGAGGAUUCAAGCGAGCUAUACUUCCAUUCAAAGCAGAGUCGACGCGAACUCGGAUAAUGUUCUAUAGCACAUUUUACGCCAUGAAAAGUGAUAACACAGGUUCUCUUUGUGGACCGGUGGUGGAUGAUGUGAAGCUGCUUAGUGUCAGAAAAUUACAUCAUCUGUAAAACUGUUUAAAUUUGUUUUGCAUUGCUUACGCAACAAAGUAAUGUGCUUCAUCCAUUUGGGGGUUACAUCGUUGUAUACUUUUAGGAUUAUUCAAAAGCAAUGAGGGUUUAAGUGUUCACCAAUAUUACAUUUUAUGUAUCUUUCCUCUGGUAUAAGCUAUUUUUUUUUUUUU